AUGGAGCAGAUUCCCGCCGUCGCCAGCACGUCCGCCGAGGCGAUGUAUCGCGAUGUCGUGCAUCGCCGCUGGGCACGCGCCUUUCUCUUCCACCUGCUCUCCAUCGGCCCCUUCCUCUUCCUCUGGGCCGCGCCGCUCGUCGUCCGCGCGGGCCUCCUCCCAUCGCUCCUCUCCUUCUUCUCGCUGCGCCUUUACCUCGCUUUUGCGAUUUUUGAUCUUUCGCAACUUCUUUUCGUUCUAGCUCACCACGCCAUCGUCGUCGCAGACGCCCCUCCCCUCCCCUCCACUGCCUCCCUCCUCUCUUCCGCCGCGAAUCUCGCCGGAUUUGCCGGCAUAUCAGAUCCACGCCCGUUCGUGCACCAAGACCAACAGAUUCGCGCAUCGCACGACGGGUUUCGCGGGCCCGCCAGCCAAUGGGAGGCGGAAGCGGCUCGGGCGACGCUAGCUGGCCGCGCCAAGUUCGCUUCUCUUUGCGCCGCGGCGGGCGCCGCAGGUGCGAUCGCGCUCUCGCUCUUCCGCGCGCAGCUUCUGCGCAGCACGGCGGAGACCGAAUCCAACGACGAGUGGCCGCCAGACGGUUGGGCCGUGGCGGGCGAGGCGGGAUUCGGCGGCGCGGUGGGGGUGCUGUUCGCGGCGUACCACGUGGUGCGGCGCGACUACCUCCUCGCGUUCCCCGUGCUGCAGCGCGCCCCGUUCUACCGAUUCAAGACGACCCUCCCGCGCUGCGCCACGUCAGCAGCCACAUUCGGGUGCAUCACCGCGCUCCUCUACUCCCUCCUGCUCCGCCCGCUCCUGCUGCCGCUCCUCGCCACCGCCACCACCACCGCCACCGGCAUCCCGCUCACCUUCCUCGCCGCCCCGCCUCUCUCCAUCCGCGCACUGCUGCUCUCUCUGUUGGCUCGCCUGCACGGCGUGGCGUUCCUGGCCUUCUCCUGGGAGGCCGCUGCGGCCGCCACGAACAUCUUCCUCACCCACCGCCACCUCUUCCUCCCCGCGCCCUCCUCCCCCUCCUCCCCCCUCGCCCCCCUCCUCCUCGCCCUCUCCCCCUCCCCUGGCCCCGCAACUCCUCCAUCCCCUGUCCCCCUGCCCCUCCUCGCCCUGCCCCGCCUCGUGCUCCACUGGGCGCUGCUCGACCUCUCGCUGCUCGCCGAAUCAGAGGCUGACACGUGGCGCCGCGCGGUGCUGUUUGAGUCGCAGGAGGCGUACAGCGCAGUGGUGGCGGCGUGCAUCCGCCCCAUCGAUGCCAUGACGGCCCGAGUCGCUGCUGCUGCUGGUUAUCCCACCGUUACUACUGCACUGCAGCAGCAGCAGCAGCAGCAUUAUUCCUUACAGUCACCCACGGCUGCAUUCACAGCAGCCGGGUUUGCCUCUGCUGAAGGGAUGAGAUGGCGGCAGGGGAAGGGCGGAGGGGAGGGGGUGGAGGGGCAGGCGCUGCAAGGGGGAGGGAUCUUGGGAAGCGGCGCAUAUGGGAGUGGAAUGGGCGUGGGGGGCGUGGAGGGGAGGAGGAGAGCGCCCAGCGCAGCUGAGGUGUUCUUUGACUGGCAGGUGAGCGGGCGGCAGGUGAGCGGGCGGCAGGUGAGCGGGCGGCAGGUGAGCGGGCGGCAGGUGAGCGGGCAGCCGGUGAGAGGGCGGCAGCUGUGUGUCAUGAGCAUGCGCGCGCUGGCAGCGCUGACAGCAGCGUCGCGGGGGGAGGACCGCAUGGGCGUGGCGCAGAUGGCGGGCGCCAACGCCGCGGCGCUCUCCGCGCUGCUCUCUGCACUGCUCGCCCUUGACUCGCUCCUCCUCUCCCCCUCCCACCGCCACCCUGCCGCCCCCGCCACCUUCUCUGGCUUUGGGGAAGCUUCCUCGCAAGCGACUCCUCCAGGUGCCUCUCAACCUGCCUUCUCCCACCAGACCUCGGUUCUAUCUUCAGGAAGCGGGGGAUUAUUUGGCACACCGACCCUCAGUCUUAGGUAUGGAGGUGCGGCAGCAGGUGGUUCGGACGUACCAGGCGAGGGAGCAGGGGGCGGGGCGGUGGGGAGAGCUGUGUACGGCGAGGGGGUGGUGGGGCCGGUGUGGGGCGAGGCAUGGGCCAUGGCGGAUGUGGUGCGCACCUCUCUGUAUUGCAUUGCAGAGACGUUUGGGGAGGAGAUGGUGGAGAAGGCGGGUGGAGGGAUGGGAGGAGGGAGGGGGGGAAGAGGAGGCGGUGGGGCAGGUGCUUGGAGGGUGGAUGAGGCGUGGUUGCCUGGGGACAUGCGACCCUUGUUUGGUUCGAGAGAAGCUCAUGCAGCCAAGGUGCUGUCGCUGCUGGCACACACUGAGUAG